AUUUUCUUUUUUGCUGAUCUUUUUGGUUAAACAAUUUAUGCUUAAAUGGAUGCAACAUCAAUAAUCACACAAGUCGCCCGCGAUGACGAACAAUUAAAUGUUUAUCCAAAUGAAAAAGAUGAUGUCGAACGUCUAAAGCCCCAGAAACGCGGUUUCUUUCAAUCGAUUUUAUGCUGCUGGCGUCGCAAUCGUACAAAAACAAAUCAAAAUGGCACACCCAUUGAUGGUUCGACCACACCGCCACCAUUACCGGACCAACAACGGUAUCUCCUACCUCAGGUUAGGCACUCGGAUAUGCACAAAAAAUGCAUGGUCAUCGAUUUGGAUGAGACAUUAGUGCACAGUAGUUUUAAGCCAAUUCCAAAUGCUGAUUUUAUUGUCCCAGUGGAAAUUGAUGGCACCAUACAUCAGGUGUAUGUUCUGAAACGGCCCUAUGUCGAUGAAUUCCUACGAAAAAUGGGUGAACUCUAUGAAUGUGUAUUAUUUACAGCAUCACUAGCCAAAUAUGCAGAUCCCGUUGCCGAUCUGUUAGAUAAAUGGAACGUUUUUCGUGCAAGACUGUUUAGGGAAUCAUGCGUUUAUUACAGGGGUAAUUAUAUUAAGGAUCUAAAUCGACUGGGACGUGAUUUGCAGAAAAUUGUUAUUGUUGAUAAUUCACCGGCUAGUUAUAUCUUUCAUCCAGACAAUGCGGUUCCUGUUAAAUCCUGGUUCGAUGAUGCCAGUGAUUGUGAACUCUUGGAGCUGAUACCACUAUUUGAGAAGCUAAGCAAAGUCGAUUCUGUAUAUAGUGUUUUGUGCAAUUCAAAUAAUCCAUUGAACAAUCACAAUCAGCAGCAGCAACAACAACAACAACAUUCAAUACAACAACAGAACCAACAACAAACAACGCCACAGCAUCAACAGCAACCGCAGCAGCAGCAACAACAACAACAACAGACCAUUACAGCAACAACAAUCAUAACUCAAGCUUCGACACUGUCAACACCAACAAUACUGACGUCACAGCAACAGCAACAACAACAAAACCAACAACAACUGCAGCAGCAGCAACAACAAACCGGAAGUCCGCCCAAUCAUAGUGAUUUAAAUAAUAAAACGUAACAUCAGUGGGAAUUAAUGUUUAUAAAUAUUUAAUUAUUUUUUUUACAUAUUAUCAAAAAACAACAACAAUAUAUAUUAUU